AUGUUAACCAACGCCAGUUCUGACUUUGACCUGACCAUUCGCCAGCAGCCCGACCGGGCGCGCGUGGCUGGGGGCAAAGAGAAAGAGCGCAAGCCGAUCGAUCCGCCCCCGAUUGUUCAGCUUCGUGUGCGAGAGGAGGGCUCUUACCUGGCGCAUCUGUACGAUGCGUCAGAAGAUCGUCCGGUGCCGGUUGCUCCGUCGACAGCACUAGCAGGUACUUUGGUUUCGUCUCUCCACAGGUUGAAAGACGUUGACAAUAGUGAUGGCGGGUUCUUUGUCUUUGGUGACUUGUCUGUAAAGAUCGAGGGCGAGUACCGAUUGAAAUUCACAUUGUUCGAGAUGCGAAGAGAGCAAGUCACCUACCUGAAGACCAUAAUUUCAGAGCGUUUCACAGUGUCACCCCCCAAGAGUUUCCCUGGCAUGAUGGAGUCCACCUUUCUUUCUCGGUCCUUUGCAGAUCAGGGAGUUAAGUUGCGCAUUCGCAAGGAGCCUAGAACAAUGAUGAAACGUCCUCGACCGGACGAAUUUCCUCAAUCGCUACCUCCGCGGUCUCCAGAGCGUCAGUCAGUGCAAAUUCCUCCUGCGACAGCGUAUAGAGGCUAUCCAGCAACAAGUCAAGACUAUGCGUACUACGGGGCGCCGGUUAAGCGCCAACGCGCCUCUAUUGACUACGGUCGUCAACCAAGUUUAUACCCGGACACAGAUGCUCGCAUGGCUCGUCCAAUGGACACGUACGGCCAACCGACAGCUAUGUACGGACAGCCUAGUGCAUACCAAACACCAACAAUGCCGUACUCGACAGGUCAGGUGGUGCCGGAUUAUGGGGUGCGUUCUACUCCCGAGGCAAAAUGGUCUGGUGGCUGGCAGCAACAGAACCUCUUUUUCAACUAA